AUGUCGUCAACUUCUCUUUGCAUUCUCACUGUUUUUCUUCAUUUGCUGCUUUACUCCUGCUCAGCGAAUUUGGUUUCUAUGAGUCCCUCGUUUGCUUCGUCCAAACCAGCUCAAGUGUGGAUGGUUAAACCCUUUUCUGGGUCAUCUUCUGAUCAUAGGAUGUAUUAUGCUGUGGCUCCUUCCCCUUCCCAAACCCAAGCAUGUGGCCUAAGCUGCCAGGAACCACUCACAGAAACUCCCUUUGGUUCACCUUGUGGUUGUGUGCUUCCCAUGAGUGUCUUACUUUUACUGGAUGCAGCUCCUUUGGUUGUUUAUCCGGUAAUUAAUGAGUUAGAGCUUGAACUUGCAUCUGGCACAUAUUUGAAGCAAAGCCAGGUGAGGAUAAUGGGUGUUAUUGCUGACACUCAAAAUGAAGGAAAAAGCUUAGUUGAAGUUAACCUGGUACCACUUGGUGAGAAAUUCGACAAUAUAACUGUGGUUCUGAUAUCCCGGAGACUUUGGCACAAGAAAGUUCCUCUAAGUAGGAGUCUUUUCGGUGAUUACACAGUCUUGGAGACUACUUAUCCAGUAUCAGGGAUGCCAUUAUCUCCCCUGAAUGGAACAUCAACUGGGAGUGCUCCCCUUCCCAGCAGAAGUGUUGCAGGUUUCCCAUUCAGCGUCGACUUUAACGGCAUCAGCAAGAAGGAUGAAAUGAGUCUUAGCACCAUAAUCAUCAUUGCUGUAUGUUCCAUCUUACUCUUGCUGGCAAUGGUUGGAGGAGCAUUUUACACCAUUUUAAAAUGUAGGAAAGUCAGGAGACCAUCAAGUGCGCCUGGCCUGCCAUUCGCACAGUCUCUAAACAAGAGAUCUGCCGUGGAGUCUUCAUUGUCUAGCAGAAUGACAAGCUCAAUAUCAAUGUCCCAUAUGUCCCCCAUAGCUACCUCUGUUCUUUCUGUGAAAAAGUUUUCCCUUUCUGAGCUUACGAAAGCAACAGAUACGUUCAGUUCAGAAAAAAUAUUGGGGGAAGGAGGAUUUGGGCGUGUUUAUCAUGGGAGAUUAGAUGAUGGAACUGAUGUUGCAGUUAAGGUACUAACAAAGGGUUUUCAUCAAAAUGGAAACCAUGAAUUUAAUGUGGAAGUUGAGAUGCUAUGCCGUUUACAUCAUCGUAAUCUUGUGAAACUAAUCGGCAUAUGCAUAGAAGGGCACAAACGAUGCUUGGUGUAUGAGCUUGUUCGCAAUGGCAGCGUCGAGUCUCAUUUGCAUGGUGUUGAUCAGAUAAAUGACCCUCUGGAUUGGGAAGCACGGAAAAAAAUUGCCCUUGGAGCUGCAAGAGGAUUGGCCUAUCUCCACGAGGAUUCUAAUCCUCAUGUAAUCCACCGAGACUUUAAAACUGGCAAUGUGUUGUUAGAAGAUGACUUCACCCCCAAGGUUUCUGAUUUUGGAUUAGCAAGAGAAGCAACCGAAGGAAGUCAAUCUGUUCCUACAAGAGUCGUGGGGACUUUUGGGUAUGUCGCCCCAGAAUAUGCAAUGACAGGACGUUUGCUUGUUAAAAGCGAUGUUUACAGUUAUGGUGUUGUGCUGCUGGAACUUCUAACAGGAAGAAAGCCAGUGGACAUGUCUCAACCUGUUGGGGAGGAGAAUCUGGUGGUAUGGGCACGACCACUAUUGAAAAGUAGAGAGGGUUUAGAACAGCUGGUGGAUCCGACAUUGGCUGGAACUUAUGACUUUGACGAAAUGGCAAAGGUUGCUGCUAUUGCUUCAAUGUGUGUAAGCCUGGAGGUCUCUCAGAGACCCUUUAUGGGUGAAGUUGUGCAGGCUCUUAAGUUGAUAUACAACGACAAUGAUGAGAUGGACGUGGAUCACUUGAGUCCGAGGGAAUCUUCUGGUCGAGGGUCUGAUUUUCGAGGCGACCUUUCUGAUAGCAGUUGGUGGUAUGAUGAGCCUGUACUAACUCUUAGGCAAGCGGUAUCAUCGUCCUUCAUCACAAUGGAUUACAGUUCCGGUCCACUUGAUGAAGUGGAAAACAGAAUGUUUUCAGGUUCAAACUUGAUGGGAAAUGGUUUGUCUUUAUUACCAAUUCGACUCGGCAAUAGCUCAGGUCCCUUGAGAACAGCUAGAAGAAACAAGCUACCCUUUCAUAGGCUUAAUGGAAGUCAAAGUGAUCAUUCGGCAUUUCCUUCCAAGCCUCUUGGGAAUGGAGGUGACCGGCCUUGA